AUGGCGGACCUGGAUGAAGAAGCUAUUAACCAACCACAUACCGGGUCGCAUGAUUCUUCAGCAAAUAUUGAUCAGGAUGUCUCUGACGAAACGCAGGAUUUCCGCUUCCUCAGUACCUUUGCUACAUUAUCGGACCCCACACAGCCUCAGACGCUUCCUCGACGAGGAGACAAAGAUUUUGAGCCCAAUCCAACUCUUCACCAGGCAAAUGUCUUGACCUCUGCGCGCAAUGCAAUGCACAAUGCCCUCUCUUACCCACGCCUACAUAACCCCAAAAGCCGAAUAGUAGGCGUCUACUACCCUGAUGGUCUCCGAAGUGGCGCCUGUGUCUGUGUGCCAAACCCCAAGGGGCAGCAUUUCCGAACAAUGGCGCAGGCCGACAGCAUGAAUCGGAUGUGGUUGUUGCCGGAAGAGGCACUCUAUUUGCUUGAGAGAGGCAGCCUAGACAUUAGAUGGCCGGCAGAGGACACUUGGCAGAAAGGAAUACCAGAGACCUCUUCGUUUGACCUAGAGGGAACCAUUCCCAUGAGUCUACAGGCUGCAUAUGCGUGUUUCCUUGCUCGUAGCGGUUUGACCAUGGAGAGAUUUUCAGUAUACUCUGGACUGAGACGUGGGGGCUAUGUUGUUAUUCGAGCUGAUACCUGGGAUGAAGAAGCUUGUCCUACAAGUUUUCAGACACGAGCAGAAGCUAAGAAGUCGGUGUCAACACCCGCUCCUGGGGUUAUGAACAUUAUAGCAGAACUGUUCAGGUCUAUAUUUUCAAUGAGAACGAAAGGGAACACUCUGCAUGGUCCUGUCAUAGGACUGGGAAUACAUCGAAGCUACAAUGAUAUAUACCGCUCACUAUCCAUUAUACCCGCAUAUGACCCUUCUCGCCCUGAUCAUGAGAUCAGCCCGCCACCUCCAUCUUCCCCAUACAAAAUAGCAUUUCACGUUUAUAAGCCUUCAACGCCAUAUAAGAAAUCCAGUCCAGGCCUACCAGACUUCAGACUGGCAGUUGUCAAUGCUAGGUCGAACCCCAUUAUCCCUACUCUCGAGAAUUUGAGUGCUCUUCUGGCCAGUACUCCGCUGGAUCCGCCCCGUGGCGAGAGGAUGGAUAGAUUACUCUAUAUGCGUCUUCGGCAUGGGUAUCGAAACGUAAUAUUGGCAGUAGUAGAUCAGGGAGUGGUUAGUUAUUUACGCAUUAGUGACGCUGGUUUUAUGAAGGAACCGCUAUAUUCGCAGAAAAGGAAUCUUGGGCCCGGAAAUAAAGGAGGUCGACGCCCACAAAACAGGAAGCGGUAG